AUGACCGAACCCACGAAGAUUAGCAUUCUGGGUCGGGAGAGCAUCGUCUCGGAUUUCGGUCUUUGGCGUAACUACGUCGCUAAGGAUCUGGUCCGGGACUGCCCCUCGACCACCUACGUUCUUAUCACCGACACGAAUAUCGGUUCGAUCUAUACCCCCUCCUUCCAGAAGACCUUCGAAGAUGCCACCGCCCACCUCGCGUCGUCGCCUCGCCUACUGGUGUACCAUGCACCCCCGGGUGAGGUCUCCAAGUCCCGACAGACCAAAGCCGACAUUGAGGAUUGGAUGUUGAGCCAGAGCCCCCCGUGUGGUCGCGAUACGGUGGUGAUUGCGCUAGGCGGAGGAGUCAUCGGAGACCUGACUGGUUUCGUCGCCGCGACCUACAUGCGUGGAGUCCGGUAUGUUCAGGUUCCGACGACGCUUCUGGCCAUGGUAGACUCCUCCAUCGGAGGAAAGACCGCCAUUGACACUCCGUUGGGCAAGAACCUUAUCGGUGCCAUCUGGCAGCCCACCAAGAUCUACAUUGACCUGGAAUUCCUCGAGACCCUCCCCGUGCGGGAGUUCAUCAACGGUAUGGCGGAGGUCAUCAAGACCGCUGCCAUCUCGAGUGAAGAAGAAUUCGCUGCUCUGGAAGAGCAUGCCGACACCAUCCUGACGGCUGUUCGUCGUCAGGUGAACCCCGGUCAGCACCGGUUUGAGGGCAUUGAGGAUAUCCUCAAGGCCAGAAUCCUGGCCUCUGCCCGCCACAAGGCCUACGUUGUCUCCGCGGACGAGCGUGAGGGUGGCUUGCGAAACCUUCUCAACUGGGGUCACUCCAUCGGUCACGCCAUUGAGGCGAUCCUGACUCCUCAGAUCCUCCAUGGAGAAUGUGUCGCGAUCGGCAUGGUCAAAGAGGCCGAGCUCGCCCGCCAUCUCGGACUCCUCAAGGGCGUUGCUGUUUCCCGUAUUGUCAAGUGCAUUUCUGCUUACGGCCUGCCUACCUCCUUGAAGGAUUCGCGGAUCAGAAAGAUGACCGCCGGAAAGCACUGCCCCGUGGACCAGCUGCUGUUCAACAUGGCUCUCGACAAGAAGAACGACGGCCCCAAGAAGAAGAUCGUGCUCCUGUCGGCCAUCGGCCGCACCUACGAGCCAAGGGCCAGCGUCGUCCCCAACGAGGACAUCAGCGUGGUGCUUGCCCCCAGCAUCGAGGUUCAGCCCGGUGUCGCCGCCGAGUCGAACGUUACCUGCGCUCCCCCGGGAUCAAAGAGUAUCUCCAACCGAGCUCUGGUCCUGGCCGCUCUUGGGUCGGGUACCUGCCGCGUCAAGAACCUGUUGCAUUCGGAUGACACCGAGGUCAUGUUGAACGCCUUGGAGAAACUUGGCGCCGCCACCUUCUCCUGGGAAGAGGAGGGUGAAGUGCUCGUUGUGAACGGCAAGGGUGGAAACAUUCAAGCGCACCCUUCGCCUCUUUACCUUGGCAAUGCCGGCACUGCGUCGCGUUUCCUCACUACCGUCGCGACCCUCGCGACCCCAAGCACCGUGGACUCCAGCGUCCUUACCGGUAACAACCGUAUGAAGCAGCGGCCGAUCGGUGAUUUGGUUGAUGCUCUGACCACGAACGGUGCAUCCAUUGAAUACGUCGAGAAGAAGGGCAGUCUCCCUCUCAAUAUCACUGCCUCCGGCGGAUUUGCCGGUGGUCAAAUCAACCUCGCCGCCAAGGUGUCUUCGCAAUAUGUUUCCUCGCUGUUGAUGUGUGCUCCCUACGCCAAGGAGCCCGUUACUUUGAAGCUGGUGGGCGGAAAGCCCAUCUCGCAACCGUACAUUGACAUGACCACGGCGAUGAUGAGAUCCUUCGGCAUCGAUGUGAAGAAGUCCACUACGGAGGAACACACUUACCACAUCCCUCAGGGUCGCUAUGUCAACCCUGCUGAGUAUGUCGUCGAGAGCGACGCCAGCUCUGCAACCUACCCCUUAGCCAUUGCCGCUAUCACCGGCACCACUUGCACCGUCCCGAACAUUGGAUCGAAAUCCCUUCAGGGCGAUGCUCGCUUUGCUGUUGAUGUUCUGGGCCCCAUGGGAUGCUCCGUCAAGCAGACCGAUACCUCGACUACCGUCGUUGGUCCGGCGAACGGUCAACUGCGACCUCUCACCAAUGUGGACAUGGAGCCGAUGACCGAUGCGUUCCUGACUGCAUCCGUGCUUGCCGCUGUGGCCCGUGGCGAUGGUGACAACCACACCACUCGCAUCUACGGAAUUGCCAACCAGCGUGUGAAGGAGUGCAACCGAAUCAAGGCCAUGAAGGACGAGCUUGCCAAAUUCGGCGUUGUCUGCCGGGAGCACGAUGACGGCCUUGAGAUCGAUGGCAUUGACCGCAAGACUCUUCGCCAGCCAGCCGGUGGUAUCUACUGCUACGAUGACCACCGUGUCGCCUUCAGCUUCAGCGUUUUGUCGCUUGUGACCCCUCAGUCGACUCUGAUCUUGGAGAAGGAGUGUGUCGGCAAGACGUGGCCUGGCUGGUGGGAUACUCUCAGACAGAUGUUCUCCGUCCGUCUGGAGGGUAAAGAGCUGGCGGAGGACGAGUCUUCUGUCCUCACCCGUGCUGAGAAGAGCAGCGCCUCCGUGUUCCUCAUCGGCAUGCGGGGCGCUGGCAAGAGCACCACCGGACACUGGGUUGCGAAGACACUGAACCGGACUUUCGUCGACCUUGACACCGAACUCGAGCAAAAUGAGGGCAAGACUAUUCCCGACAUCAUCAAGGAGCGCGGCUGGCAAGGUUUCCGCGAUGCCGAGCUUAACCUCCUGCAGCGCACUGUGAAGGAGCGUUCAACCGGCUACGUCUUCGCUUGCGGCGGAGGCGUGGUUGAAAUGCCCGAAGCCAGAAAGCUGCUCGUUGAUUACCACAAGACCAAGGGAAAUGUUAUGCUCAUCAUGCGCGAUAUCAAGAAGGUCAUGGAUUUCCUUUCGAUCGACAAGACCCGCCCAGCCUAUGUUGAGGACAUGAUGGGUGUCUGGCUACGACGAAAGCCGUGGUUCCAGGAAUGCAGCAAUAUCCAAUACUACGGCCAGCAAGUGAGCUCGGGCGGUCUGGCUCGGGCAUUCGAGGAUUUCAGCCGAUUCGUAAAGGUCGUCACCGGACAGACGGACAACCUCAGCAUCAUCCGACGCAAGCCUCAGUCUUUCUUCGUUUCUUUGACGCUGCCUGACCUUCGGCAAGCCAGUGACAUCCUGGGAGAAGCGUGCGUGGGAUCUGAUGCGGUGGAACUACGAGUCGAUCUGUUGAAGGACCCCGCUUCGGACAGUGAAAUUCCCUCUGUGGACUACGUGGCAGAACAAAUGUCGUUCCUGCGCAGUCGCGUUUCGCUUCCUCUAAUCUUCACCAUCCGAACCAAGAGCCAAGGUGGCCGUUUCCCUGACGAUGCUCACGAGGCGGCGAUGGAUCUGUACCGACUUGCCGUGCGGUCUGGCAGCGAGUUCGUCGACCUGGAAAUCGCUUUCCCCGAUGACAUGCUCCGUGCUGUCACGGAGAUCAAGGGCCAUUCGAAGAUCAUUGCCUCCCACCACGACCCCAAGGGCGAGCUGUCGUGGGCCAACAUGUCCUGGAUGAAGUACUACAACCGGGCGCUUGAGUACGGCGAUGUGAUCAAGCUCGUGGGAAUUGCCAAGGAUCUGGAUGACAACGCGGCGCUCCGGAAGUUCAAGAACUGGGCCGAGGAGGCUCACGAUGUCCCAGUCAUCGCCAUCAACAUGGGCGAUAACGGACAGCUCAGCCGCAUCCUGAACGGCUUCAUGACCCCCGUGUCCCACCCCAGCCUUCCGUUCAAGGCUGCGCCGGGUCAGCUCUCUGCUAGCGAGAUCCGCCGGGGAUUGUCCCUGAUGGGUGAGAUCAAGCAGAAGAAGUUUACCAUCUUCGGCAGCCCCGUGUCAGCCUCGCGCUCGCCUGCCCUCCACAACACCCUCUUCGGACAGGCCGGUCUGCCCCACGAGUACAGCCGUUCGGAGACGACCAACGCCCAGGAUGCGAAGGAGUUCAUUCGCUCCCCCGAUUUCGGCGGUGCCUCGGUCACGAUUCCGCUGAAACUGGACAUCAUGCCCCUGUUGGAUGAGGUGGCCCAGGAAGCCGAGAUCAUCGGAGCGGUGAACACCAUUGUUCCCGUGAGUCAGGGCACCGAUGCCCCGGCGCGCUUGGUGGGUUACAAUACCGACUGGCAGGGAAUGAUCCUCUCCCUGCGCAACGCCGGUGUUUACGGAGCCAGCGGUGACGCCAGCGCUGUCGUCGUCGGCGGUGGUGGAACCGCCCGCGCGGCCAUCUUUGCCCUCCACAGCAUGGGAUACUCCCCCAUCUACGUCGUCGGACGGUCCGCCGGCAAGCUGGAGAGCAUGGUUUCGACCUUCCCCACGAGCUACAACAUCCGCAUUGUGGGACCCGAGGAGAAGAUCGAUUCGGUCCCCAGCGUGGCCAUCGGCACCAUCCCCGCCGAUCGUCCCAUUGAUCCCGCCAUGCGCGAGACGCUCUGCCACAUGUUCGAGCGCGCGCAGGAGGCCGAUGCGGAGAUCGUCAAGACCGGGGACAAGGCCCCGCGGGUACUUCUGGAGAUGGCCUACAAGCCGGCAGUAACCGCCUUGAUGCAGCUGGCCUCUGAUGCGGGAUGGCAAACCAUUCCCGGUCUGGAGGUCCUGGUCGGACAGGGAUGGUACCAGUUCAAACACUGGACUGGCAUUUCGCCCCUCUACGAAGAUGCCCGGGCGGCUGUCAUCGGCUCCGAGUAA